UCUUCACCUUUUCAGAAAGUGUUGACAAGAGAACUCCUGCACUUGGCAGCACAGCAGACUCUGUAAGGAGCAAAAAGUUCCUGGGCCUGUGCUCUGCAGGUUUCACGGCACUCAGAAAGCUUCUCAGACAUGUCGCUCGCCUGCCUGGAGCUGCAGGGAACUAAGACUUGGUUGAUUUGUGAAUCAGCGUGUGCAACUGUGAAGGUAAAACAUGAGCUCUCUCCAUUAGCUGGCAUCCGAGAAGUUUGCUGCUUCCUGCAGGGAAGAUGCAGUUCACUCUGUUGUGCAGCUUUGGGUUUUGUUUUAAGGGGAGUUGACCUGUAUCUAGCUUAUACCCAAAUAAGCCUGUGCUAGGGAGGUGAUUGGCUAAUCGAGUCUGUGACUGACACUCAUAAAUGAGUGCACUAGGGGCAGCUCAGUGCUGAUUGGCUGGUGUGUGAGGCUCAGAAACUCUCUCCAACAAGAGCUCUGGCCAUUCUCAGUCCUGCUGCCUUCAGAGUAGGUGCUCCAGGCACAGCCACCAGGCGAGAGGCUGCUUCCUUCGCUCAGUCACUUAGAGGCAAGUGAAGAAGGGCAGACCUCUGCCUUGCACCGGGAGAGAGGAUUUCCUUGCAGACCUGCAACCCAGGAGGGGAAAGGAAGCAGAAAGCUCCUGGAACUUGAUUUCAUUCAGCUUAAAGGAUGGGCAGAGUCCAGAGUCCAGGAGGCCCCAGCUGGAGUGGAGCUGGGGCUCUGCUGGCCUUGGCGGCCGGACUCUUUGCUUGCAGUCAUGCAAAUGAAUACGACUAUGUGAGUUUCCAGUCCGACAUAGGCUCUUACCAAAGUGGGCGAUUUUACACCAAACCCCCGCAGUGCGUGGCCAUCCCAGCGGACCUGCGCCUCUGCCACAGCGUGGGCUAUGACAAGAUGGUCCUGCCCAACCUGCUGGACCACGAGACUAUGGCCGAGGUGAAGCAGCAGGCCAGCAGCUGGGUGCCCUUGCUCAACAAGAACUGCCACAUUGGCACCCAGGUCUUCCUCUGCUCACUGUUUGCCCCCGUGUGCCUAGACCGGCCCAUCUAUCCCUGCCGCUGGCUCUGCGAGGCCGUGCGUGACUCCUGUGAGCCCGUCAUGCAGUUCUUUGGCUUCUACUGGCCAGAAAUGCUCAAGUGCGACCAGUUCCCCCAGGACGAUGUCUGCAUUGCGAUGACCACUCCCAAUGCCACAGAGGCUUCCAAGCCCCAAGGAACGGCUGUGUGUCCCCCCUGCGACAACGAGAUGAAGUCAGAUGCCAUCAUUGAACACCUGUGUGCCAGUGAAUUCGCUUUCAAGAUGAAAAUAAAGGAAGUGAAAAAGGAGAACGGGGACAAAAAGAUUGUUCCAAAGAAGAAGAAGCCCCUGAAAUUGGGAACAAUCAAGAGAAAAGACCUCAAGAAGCUAGUACUGUAUCUAAAGAAUGGAGCAGACUGCCCUUGCCACCAGCUGGACAACCUCAGCAACCACUUCCUGAUCAUGGGCCGCAAAGUGAAGACCCAGUACCUGCUGAUGGCCAUUCACAAGUGGGAUAAGAAAAACAAAGAGUUCAAAAAGUUCAUGAAGAAAAUGAAGACUCUGGAAUGUCCAACAUUUCAGUCGCUCUUCAAAUGAUCAGGUGGCUAGAGGGACUCCUGCUAGCCCAGAACUUGCACAGCCCUAGGACUUGGGGUUCAAAUGUUGCUCCUUCUGUAGUAGUGGAUGUUGUACCUGAGUCAGUUUUGUUUCUUUGUAUUUUUUUUUUGAGCUUCCUUUAAAGCUCCACCCCCAGUAUCAGUAUUUCCCUGUAAGCGAAUGUUUGAAAGUGCAACACAUUCAUACAGAAAAGUCACUGAGGUCACAAACUAUUUACACCUGCAAUGUCGGAAGUAACCUGUUGCUGUAAUGAUAUGCAAAUCUAUUUAAAUAAGGAACUUGUCAGAUAAAAAGAGCGAAGGCGGGGGGUGAUACUAGAUAAUCCUAUUGAAUUGGUCUAAAAUGAAAUAAUUCUGGGUAAAUUGAUUUUUCUUUAGCUCAGGGGUGUUUAUUCCCUACAUGGGAUGUUUUCCGCAAUUCUUACUGCAGGCCAAUUUCGUGAAGUACUGUCCGUGGGGAAAGGCCUUUUAAAGCUAAUGGGGUGGUGGAAUUAGGACAUGAAUGCUGCAAAAAAUCCCACCUUGUAAUCUUAGACCAGUAUUUGCAGUGUCAUCUUUGAUGCAAAACUAAUUCUAGAUAAAGAACUUUAUCAUUAGUUGCUUUUUAAAUUCUGCAGACUUGAAUACCAUAGAUUGGUGAGGACAUGGGGGAAGCAGGUGACAAACCUGGAACCAUCAGGAGGUGGAACAUUAAGGAAAACACAGGCUCAGUCGGGACUAUAAGAUGUAGAGUUUAUAGCCGUAGAGGUUAUUUUAAAACAACAUACACUUAAGCUGUCUGCAAAGCACUGUGGGACAUGGGGGAAAGCCUGCCAAAUCCACACAAGGAUUAUUUCCAUUGGCAGAGCAGCAGGGACAGAAAAGAGAUUAGUUUUGCAUCAGAGACGGGGAGAUGCUAAAGGGUUUUAAUGACAGGGGAAUUGUCAUGCUGGUCCCUCUGGUUUUAUUGGCCUUCUCUCAUCAUUGUCUUAUCCAUAGGAAUGUACCUUAUGCCUCUUGAUGGGCAAAAGCUGAUUGUUUUAAACAAAAUUGAGAUAUUUCAGCAGGAACCAUCAGCUCAAAUAGAAACUCAAUUCAUGUAGAUUUGAACUCUCACUCGCCCCCCUGGCACUUCUCAGAAUUAGACUGAUUUCUACAAAGUUGAUCUUGAGCCAAAAAGUCCAAGUUCAGAGAUAAUUGGGGCCACAGAACUGAGCAGUAUGUCACUUUUUUCAGUGUUCGAGUAUAUUGCAUGAAACAAAAUAUUUGAUCCUUUAAAAUGUUUAGCAGUGUCAAUUAGUUUUCUACACAAAUCCUGUAAGGAAACCAGUUUAGAAGGAUAACGUGUUCUUUGCAUUUCUUUCUCCCUCUGUAACUGUUGUGUACAGGAUGUUAAUUACCUGGUAAAAGUCAGGUCAGUUACACAGUAAGGAGCAGCUCUAGCAGACAUUUGUGCCAUUUUGCAGGACCAGGGCCUAAAGAAAUGUUCUGGAAUCAGAUACGGUUGGUUGGCACAAGGUAGGGGUUCUGAAGUUAGUCAGACUGUAUGUCCUGGUUACUGGGAUGGUAUUGCUCUGGGACAGGAGGACUGAGAAAAGUAUCAGCUAUCAAAGUUACAUUGUGGAAAAGCAAUUUGUUACUGUGGUUACCUAUUGAAGACCUAGCAUAACUGUAUGCUUCUAGGUACUGAAUCAGUUUGUUUACCAGCUCUCUGAUCUUGUAUUCUAGUCCUUUGAAAAGAGGAUGAGCUAGAUCCUCUUAUCAGAUUUGUGUGUAAUAUUUCAGUCAAGGUUUUUUGGACAUUUUUAUCUAGCUGGAUAGUAAUUUUACUUUCCCCUUUGCCAAACUGCUUGGUGAACUGUCAGCGAUUCUGAGAUUGUAUGGAUCUAGCUUUUAGAUUUGAUUGGUCGUCAAUUGGACUUUUUAGUUCUGUUUUAUGCAUGUGCAGUUUUUGAUAAAAUUAACAGCAUCCAAGAAAAUGAGUCCGAUGUAACAUCAGGUUCUUUGUGAGCAGUUAAAGUAUCUUUACAUUUUGUCUUAAUGUAACUGUUUAGAGCGUUAAUUUAGGGAAGUGUGGCAGAUUGGGGAAGGGGGAGGGCUUGUUUUUUGUUUGUAAAUAGAGAUUUUGAGAGAGGAAAUGAAAUGUAAAAGGUUAGUAACAAUUGGAACCGAAAAGAGGUACCUUCUAAGGGCUGUAAAAAUGAACGCAAGGCUUUCGUGUUGUUCCUGAAGGUGACCUGAUUUUUCUGCUUCUACAAACGUUAUUACACCUUUCAAAAAACAAAAAAAAAUAUUGCAGCCACUCAUAUGAAGGCUAAUGCAGCUCCACAUUCUGGAACAGAAAUAGGACCCGAAAGCAUGUCCAAAACAUUUCAGUGAUGUUGGAACAAUAGCAGGCUUUUAUCUAGUCCUGUCAAACGAAGCCACGGAUGGUGAGACAGUUUGUGUGUGUUACAGGAAUUUAGCUACAAUCGUUGCUAUAACGCCAGUUUGCUAGAUACAUUAUGGUGUUUUCGUGUAAUCGUAAAAAUAAACCUGCCAGGGAAAUCAAGGGUUCACUGAGAGACAUGAUCUGAAAAUGUUAGUAUUGGCACCAAAGGAAAAUCCUCAGUAAUGAUUUCAUGACAAAAUAGUGUGUAGUUUUUGUAAUGUACUUCAUUGCAUAGUUCUAAUAGGUACUUCUUGAAUUCCUUCUCAAAGCAGCAGGCAUACAGUAUGUCCUUGAUUUUUAAAUGAUUCCUACACUGACAGGGCAAAUGCAUUUAAAUUUUCAGAUGAAGAUGCCUUCCUAGAGAAGGUCCAGUAAGUUUCAUGCUCUUGAAAGUCAGAACCCAGUUCUUGUCUCUUUUUCAGGAAUCAACAUCUAAUAGCUGGUGAUAUAUUUAAUUCCACAUGCAUUAUCUGAAUAGCUAUUUUAGCUAUAUACAUUAAGCAACUGAUGUAUCCUAAUGGACUGGCAGUACCUAUCUUUCAUGCAGUAAGGGUGAAGCAGCCCAGUGCAGGGAAUCUGCACAAGGCGGCAUGCACCACUUAAACAUCAUGUUAGCCCACAUCACAGAUGCUCCAGGCCUGACUCAAAGUCCACUGAAGUCUCCCAGCGUCUCUUCCGAUGUCACUGGGUUUUGGCUCAGGUCCUCUCUGAGAAGCUUGACUCUUUUCUAGAACUAGUAUCGGCUUCUCCUUUCUCCUGAGAUGUGUAUAAAAGUUUAGGAUACUGUGAAAAUGUUUGACAUUCCUUUUUUUUUUACUUCAGCGUUUUAUUCAUGUUACAUUAUUUUACCAACUGUUUUUGGUGUUACGACUUAUGUUUAAUAGCAAGUCCAGUGUCUGUUCUUUAUUCUUGCAUAUGUUUUCCCUGUUUUUCCAUCCAUGUAUCAAUAUUCACUUAACUAAAAUUGCUGAAUUAAUUAAUUACAAUGUGAUUCCCCCCCUCCCCAUUUUUUAUAAAGAGAUGUUGUUUUCUAACUCUAGUCUGGUGCCUUUCAAAUGGUCGCUGUAGUAGGAUGGAUUAAAACAGGCACUUGGGAAUAAUCUGCAGAAGAACCUAUUGUGUAUUUACACAUUCUGCAAAACUUCCAGAAAUGCUGUCUAUCUGUCUGUCUGUCUGUGUGUGUGUGUGUGUGAGAGAGAGAGAAACUGAAACUGCUAUUUGGAACUCAUGGUGAACUCUUACGGUGCAAAAGUAAUGUAUGGUCAAGCCUAGGGAAAGAUCCUUGUUAAUUCCUGAUGAUUCCCUGUUCUGCUCAUUCCCUCUGAGGCACCGGGCAUUGUCGGAAGAACGACAGGCUACUGGGUUAGAUGGACCUUUGGUCUGACCCAAUAUGGCCGUUCUUACAUUCUUAAAGGAAACCUUUACACAGGCGUCUCCCAUGUGCACACUUCUGGAUGAGCUUCUUUCACAUUUACUCCCCAGCUGGUGCCGCAGCAUGCUGUGCUGCUGUAUGCUUCCCAGUGCUGCCCAGCCUCUGGCUCCCUUCACCUUUCAGGUUCGUUUUCUCACCACAGUUAAACCCAGCUGCCAUCACAUGGUCAGCUGUGCCCUGGGCACUCACUGCUGAAAGAUGAAGGAGCCAGAGUACCAUGGGGACACGGGGUGGGGAGACUUCAGGCUUGUCAAGGGAGUCCUGCCGGGUCACUGAUUGCUUAGCAAGUGCAUCCAGCACCAGCUGGUUAAUAGGGCGACCUGUGAGGGGCGUUCCAGCUAAUUGAAUGGAAUCACUGAGGCUGGGGUUUCAUAUGGGAAACACCUCAAGAAGCUCUGUCCAGAAUGGAGCUGGCCAAAACUUUGAGGUUUUUCACUGAAAAAAUGACCUUUCCUAAAAUGUAUGUUUGAGAGACACAGAGAGAAAUUAUUGACAUUGUCGACAUUUUUCUAUUUUUGCCAAAAAUGUAAUGGCUUUUAAAAAUAAAAUCCCCUCUCCCCAACUUUUAUCAAAAACACUAUUACACUACUUCCAUUUACCAAGAACCAGAGUUUGGGUAAAAUCAUUCAAUCGAUACAAUUAUGUUUUUGAAAAAGUUUUGAAAAAGAAAAUGGAAAAAACCUCACAACAAACAUAGCGACACUGAAAACAGGUAUGUUUGAACCUUUCAGCAUGAAAACAGCUUUGCAAUUUUGAAAUUUUUUGCAAACAUAGAUUCCCUUUUUCCAACCAUCUCUAGUCCAGACCAUUACCAUCCCCUCGCUAAGCACCUGUGGAUAGAGCACUGGACUGGGAUUCUGGAGACCCAGGCUCUAGUCUCAGAUUGACCACUGGCCUGUGGGGUGACCUUGGGAACGUCACUUCCCUUCUCCGUGCCUCAGUUUCUCCAUAUGUGACAUGGGGAUAAUGAUACUGUCCUCCUUUGGAAGCACGUUGAGAUCUGCUGAUGAAAUGCACUACGUAAGAGCUGGAUAUUAUUGCCAUUAAAGCUCUGGCCCAUCAGACACAUCACAUAUUUCUACUCACACCAUGGCUGCACAUCUAUACUAAAGCGCAGAGUCAAACUUUCCCUCUACGUGGCAGGCGGUCUCAGAAGUGCUCCAUAAAGCAGAUUUUAAAGCCUUUUAAACGUAUGCCAAGAAGCGGAUGUCCAAGCAUGCAGCCCAGCAAGCAGAAGUUCAUCUUACCCCUGCUUUGCUGCUGCUGAUAAAGCCGGGAUCCACUCAGAGGUGGCACUGACAGCAGCACAGCUCUGAAGCUAUUCCCAUGCUCACGCAGCCAAUGCUUCUGGCUGCCCUAGCCAGGUGUGUAGACUGCUCAGUGGAAUACAUCUAGAUGAAUGGUCCCAGUCAAUGAGCUGGAUUGGAAUACCACGGAGUAAAAUAUCCAUUCCUAGGAGCUGCAGCGAGCUGCCCGGGAGCCCUUGCAGUUUGCUCCUAACCAGGAUUACAUGGGACGGGAUUUUCCUAGUUGUAUUCCUUUUUUCAAUUGAAAUCCCAUUUCUGGCUGCACUGUCUCCUUUUAUGUUUAACAAGCUCUCUGUGAAUAUUCUGGAGGCAUAGAUUCUGCUGGUCUGCAAGAGCAAUGUGCUCUGGCUUUGCCCCACAACGUGGCAUCAGGCCUGAAAAGAACAUAGUGGCAGGAGUGCUAGAGUGUGCAUCCCUCACUGCUGCGCCAUUUGGCUGCCCUCACUGAGUCCUGCCGGACUGUUUCUACCUGUAGUCUCAGCGCUGUCCUUGCACUCACUUCACUUGUAUGCUCAGUGCAAUGGAAUCUACUCCUGGGAACAGUGUUUUUC